GUCUUACUGCAUGGCUUGAUAUACGUGGCUGAGGGUAAAGAUUUGCCAGAAUCCAAUACCUAUCUGAUAUGUAGAGCGUUUUGGCGAGAAGAUAAAGCAACGAGUCAAAUUUGCAAUAAUACAAAAAAUCCAUUUUAUCAUUUUUUUCAACUGAUACCUUUAGUUCAUGGUACGGAGUUAUUGGAAAGAAUCAAAGAUAAUUAUAUAAUUAUAGAGGUAUACAAUCGACAAAAUAGUGGAACAGAUAAUCUGUUGGGAAUAGCAAAGCUACCUGUGCAUCAAUUAUACAUCGCAUAUAAAGAUCCACUUGUUUUACCUCAUUUAUUAUUGUCGAAGUAUCCUGUAAUAAGUGUAGAUGGCUGGGUUAAUAUUAACGAUCCAGUGAGUGGGAAAUUUUGCGGAAAGCUGCUUGCACUGGUCGCACUUGGUACUGUGGAGCAAAUUGCACUACUGGAAGUAUCAAGAGGUCUGAGAAAUACUAAUAAUGUAUCGCGAACAGAUUAUAGCUAUCAAUGCUAUAAUCCUGACAAUAUCAACAAUGCAAUUGGCUGUCAAGGGAGUUUACAGUAUAAUGUUCCUGAGGUGCCAAACCUCAAUUCGGAGCAAUCCACUCGUGGUAAUUUUGCGUAUAACGUUCACAAUAUGCUCAAUCGAAAUUUGGCAUCUGUUGAUUGUAAGUCUCAAGAAAGUCAAACAGAUAUUUCUAGCUUCAAAGAUAUGAGGCUACAGGAAUCGAUGCACGAAGCUGUACCUUCAGAACACUUAGCUUUGCGCGCCUUGGUUGAUCGUUUGACGAAUGUAUUACAUACUAAUAAAAUCAGUACAAAUCAAUCGGCUCAAACGGAGAUAAAUCAAGUAGACGAAGGUGAAGAACACAGAGAAUUAUGCCUGAAUACGCAGAAUAGUAAUAGCCUUGCUGAUGAUAGUGAAAGCUGCAAUCCAAAAAACGACUUUCGAACGGACUUACCUACGGAAAUGUACAGAAGUGUCGGUGUUGGUGCUGAAUAUGAUGAGGACUUGGAUCAACAGCGAAAUAACGCCUAUAAGAAUCUUUCCGACUCGUCGUUAAUGGAAGAAAAUGCACAAAAACUAGAAUCAAAUAUUAAUUGGAACAAUUCUAACAAUCCGUUUUUCCGUUCUGUCGUUGAAAUCGAAUGUGCACUGCAUUUACCAAAGAUCAAAGGAUUGAACGAAUCGAUGGAACCCAGUACAUAUGUAACCUUUCAAGAUGUAACUCGUAAACUCGAUUCUACUGAUCAGUUAAAUUCAUACAUAGUCACAAAUGUUUAUCCACAUAGUUGCAAUCCGAAAUGGAAUUGGAGAUGCGAUGCGAAGCUAUCAACAGACUUACUUUUAAACAAUCAAAAAAGAUUAAUUCUCAAAGUAUGGCAUUUAACUGAUCCAGAUGCGUCUAAAGAUAUUAAUUUAAGAAGAGACAUUGUAAUUGGUUUUUCUGCUAUUGAUCUCUCGGUUUUAAUGGCUGGAUUUCCUACAGUAUCCGGAUGGUUUCAUAUCAUGGACUUUACUGGAAAAUGCAACGGACAGAUUAAA